ACAUAGAAGCUUCAGACAACAGCGUGACUAGGAUUUCCCCCCCUAAACCCUUGAAUCACAGAGGAUCUGGCAGCCAGUUACCAUCUGACACUGUUUAUAGCAUAUAUUGUUCGAUCCACUCCCUUACUGAAUCUGCUGUGGGAAUUAAAGCAAGCAGUUUCAAGUCAGAAAGGUACAAUCCUGAGCGCAAAGAUGUAUCUGACUUCUCUUCCUUUCUUCCUUUUUUUGAUCAGCGGCAUAUUCUGUCAAUAUGAUUAUGGUGUUGAUCCAGAUUUUAGUUAUUUUUUUUCAAUGUUAGAACUAUCAUCUGCAGUCUGUGCACCAGAAUGUAAUUGCCCUAUAACUUACCCCUCAGCCAUGUAUUGUGAUGAUCUUAAACUGAAGAGUUUACCCAUUAUUCCUAAAGGAAUCAAAUACCUGUAUCUCCGCAAUAAUCUGCUUGAAGGCAUAGAAGAUAAUGCUUUUGAGAAUGUGACAGACCUGGAGUGGCUAAUUCUAGACAAUAACCAACUGAAAAAUUCCAAUAUUAAAGGCAAAGUCUUUGCAAAAUUAAAGAAUUUAAAAAAGCUGCACAUCAAUCACAACAAUUUAACUGAAGUUGUUGGGCCACUUCCCAGUACCCUGGAUGACCUGCAACUCACUCAUAACCAGAUUUCCAAAAUCACCCCCAAUACACUAGAGGGACUAGUGAAUCUGACUGUCAUUCACUUACAGCACAAUGAACUGACUGAAGGUACACUCUCUGGAGUUUUUAAAGGCUUAAAAUCUCUCUUGUAUCUGGACUUGAGCAAUAAUAAACUGACUAAACUGCCUCCAGGACUGCCUAAUAAUUUAUUGAUGCUGUAUUUUGAUAAUAAUCAGAUUACCGGCGUUCCCGAUCAGUAUUUCCAGGAUUUAAAAGUACUGCAGUUUUUACGUCUUUCUCACAAUAAGUUAACAGAUUCUGGAAUACCAAGCAACGUUUUCAAUAUCUCUUCGCUUGUGGAGCUGGAUCUCUCCUAUAAUCAGCUAAAGAGCAUUCCAACAGUCAGUGAGCACCUUGAAAACUACUACCUCCAAGUCAACGAAAUUUCCAAAUUUUCAGUGAACAGCUUUUGUAAGGUGGUCGGGAUACUAGCCUAUUCCAGGGUAUCACAUCUGCGUCUGGAUGGAAAUAAUAUCACAAGAGCUGAUCUUCCACAGGAAAUGUACAACUGUCUCCGAGUGGCCACUGAAAUUUCUUUGAAAUGAUUAUACAAUACUUUCUUCUCAUGAUGCUUUACACACCAUAGUAAUACUUUAGUACUAAAAUGUCACCUGGUAUAAGAUCCUUUGUUUUGUUAAUAAACAGCAUUAUUGUGUGGCUGGUAUUUUUUUUAAUGUGUAUAUUCUAGAAUGCCUGUGAUGCAGAUUUUUUUUUUUUUUUUGUAAAGCUAGGAAGUCCCAUAGAUUGUGGACAAAAAUGUUGUCAUGUUUAUUUCUUAGACUGUUUUCUUAACAUAGCUAUAUACAGCCUGAGUUUGAAAAAGUUUUUUAAAAGCACUGGUGUAUACCUACAAUAAACACAUACCACUCUCCUUGUCGGUGUGAACUUCUACUCAGGUUUGCAGAAGUCAGGCAUUUUCUCAUCAAGAUAGUAUAUUUAGUACUUAAGGCUGGACCAGAUAUGUACAGUAGUUCACACUUUGAAAUAAAAUCUCUCCUAUUUUAUACUUGUCAUUACAUUACAUAAAACAAUAAUUCAAUAUAGCUAUAUAAAUUCUUUAUAUAUAUA